CAAUAUUCUUAAUCUACUCUUCUACAAGCACAACUGCACAACCUUUUGUUUGACUACUCUACUGUCUUUUGGUUAACAUAAACCCAACAACAUUUUCUAUUGCAAAGAAUAAAUCUACACUGUGUAUUCCUAAAUUUUCUAUUCAGUUUUGAGUAUAUCCUAUAACUUUCCAAUAAACAAAUGUAUAGAAAAAGUAGACUGUGGUGGGAUAAUGGUGGUGAUUACAUGUACACUUACAUUACAUGGUGAAAUUGAGCAUUUUAGCCUUUUGAGGAGAGAGAGUGGGUUUAUCUUUCUUGGAGCUUUUACAGAGCCAAAGAAGCCGUCCCUUUUCAAGUUUUUAGCCUAUUAUUGGCUCAGUCUUUGCAGUAAAGCCAACUUCUUUGAGAAAGAGAUUUUCUAGAGAGAGAAAAACAUAGAGAGAGAAAAUUAAGGGUGUUUUUAAGGAAGCAGACAUGUCCAAAAGCUUCCCCACAACUGUACUUCACAUGUUUCUUCUCUUCAUCACCAAAUCUUAAAGUUAACAAGAAAUCUAGGGUCCAAGAAGCAAGCAGAUUUAGGUAUUGCUGUACCAACUACUCAUUAAAGCCUAAGUUGUCAGCUGUUGUGGUCAUCGAUUGAAUUAAGCUGUUGAGAAUCUUCCUUAAACAAGAAUUCAGACUUGAAAAUGGGAGUUCCUGCUCAACGCUAUCAGGGUGCAAAACUGUUGGAUUUUUCACUUCAAGAUCAAGAUUCAUGCUCAACCCAAUCAACCGGUCAAUCUUACACCAGCAGUGCUAGCUUUGGUGAAAAUGACCUUCACACUCAAAGCAUGAGUUUCGCACAAUCAGGUUAUAAUGCAACUUUUAGAAAACAGGAAGAUGGCGAGAUCCAAUUCCCUUUGUCAAUGGGAACUCAGAACUACAUCAUACCUCCUCUACAAACUGAUUAUAAUCAAGGCUUUCCUCAUUAUGCUGUCACUUUUCCUGAGCAACACUUCAGGAGUGUAAUUUCAACAGAUGGGCCUCAAGCUCUGAUGAUGGGAAUUAUGCCUGCUCGAGUUCCACUCCCUCAUGAUCUUUCAGCAAACGAGCCCAUUUACGUCAAUGCUAAGCAGUAUCAUGGUAUCUUGAGGAGGAGACAACAUCGUGCUAAGCUUGAGGCUCAAAACAAACUUGCCAAAAACCGUAAGCCAUAUCUUCAUGAAUCCCGACAUCAACACGCACUGAAACGGGUUCGAGGAUCCGGUGGGCGGUUUCUUAACACGAAAAGGCUCCAAGAAUCCAAGCGUGCUGCCUCAACUAAUGAGGGCCACAAGGUUUCAGGUGCAAUUUCGCUCCAUUUAGCCGGAAAGAUGUCAGGAUCUGAAGUUCACCAGCAAGAAAAUUAUAAAGAAGGCACCUCUACAACCUCUUGCUCUGAUGUCACUCGUACCUCCACCAGUGAUGAUAUCUACCAUCCACUAGAAUUCAGGUUCUCGGGCUACUCGUCUUGCUUUGGAGAAGCUCCACAUGGUGGUGGUAGCCGGGGGAACUACAUUUGAGGGGUUAAAAAAAAUACCAGUAUUCCGAUAAUUCCUUAAAGGGGAAGUCAUCCUUGGCUCAGUUACUUUCUGAUUUGUGUUCAGUUUUCAUUAGGCUGUUGAAAUCUUAAGCAUAGAGAUCUAGUUCUUUCUAUCUGCUUACUGAAUGAUGUGAAAAAAUAACAAUGGAAGAAAGCAGAUUAUUGUUUUGAAUUGUGAUGAAGGACGUUAUUAAGAUAAUUGUGAUUUGUGUAAAACGAAUCUUAUCAUUAAGGCUAGGCUUCUUCUUGGACAUAAAGCUUGGCAACUUGUAUUAAUGUUUUCUUUUGAUUGUGAAUUUGUGUAAUAUCAUUCGCAGUUAAUUGAAUUAAAGUUAUAGUCA